AUGAGUAGCCGUGCCAGCAGGACUGUCUAUGUGGGCAAUCUGCCUGGAGAUAUCCGGGAGAGGGAAGUGGAGGAUUUGUUCUACAAGUUUGGACAUAUUGCUCACAUUGAUUUGAAGGUUCCACCCAGGCCUCCGGGCUAUGCUUUUGUGGAGUUUGAAGAUGCUCGUGAUGCUGAAGAUGCUAUUCGUGGUCGCGAUGGGUAUGACUUUGACGGGCAUCGCUUGAGGGUAGAACUUGCACAUGGGGGUCGUGGGAAUUCCUCAUCAGACCGUCACAGCAGUCACGGUGGUGGUCGGGGGCGUGGUGUUUCUAGACGAUCUGAAUUUCGUGUAUUGAUCUCUGGCUUACCAUCUUCCGCUUCAUGGCAAGACCUCAAGGAUCACAUGAGGCGAGCUGGCGAUGUCUGUUUUUCCCAGGUGUUCCGUGAUGACAAUGGCACUACAGGUAUUGUGGAUUAUACGAAUUAUGAAGACAUGAAGUAUGCAAUCAAGAAACUCGAUGACUCGGAGUUUCGAAAUGCCUUUUCCCGUUCAUAUGUUCGGGUAAGGGAGUACGACUCCAAGAGAGACUUCUCUAGGAGUCCUAGUCGUGGUAGAUCUCGUUCACGAGGUCCUAGCAGAAGCCGCAGCCGUGCUCGCAGUUUGAGUCGGAGUCUGAGCAAGUCGCCUAAGAAUAAAUCCUCUCGUCAUUCUCCAGCCAGAUCUAAGUCAAGGUCACGCUCUUUGUCCAGAUCAAGGUCCAGAUCCAGAUCUCCAGUUCCACCUAAGCACGUGAGUAAAAGCCCGAAGAAGCGGAGUGUUAGCAGGAGUCCUAGUGGCAGCAGGAGCCGUAGCAGAAGCAAGAGUUUGUCCCGGUACACUGACCUUAUUCCAGGAAACUCUCUUGAUUGGCUUUAG